AUGGCACCUUUGAAGCUCUCUAUGGGAAGAAGUGCAGAACUCCCCUGCAUUGGGAUGAAGUUGGGGAAAGGGCGUUCUCCUUGCAAGGGUAUCAUUCGGUUUGGAAAGAAGGGAAAAUUGAAUCCAAGAUAUAUAGGGCCUUAUGAGAUUCUGGAGGCAGUUGGUGAAGUUGCAUAUAGAUUAGCAUUGCCUCCAAGCCUUGCUGCUGUUCACAAUUAUGAAGAAGUUCAGUUAGCAAAGGACCUAUCUUAUGAGGAGAGACCAACCCAAAUCCUGGCCAGGCAAACCAGAAAGUUAAGAAAUAAAGAAGUAAAUAUGGUCAAGGUGCUUUGGCACAAUAGUUCAGUAGAAGAAUCCACCUGGGAAGUAGAACAGGAUAUGCAACAGAACUAUCCUGAACUGUUCCGUAAGUAA